UUCCAAGCAACAAGACGCUAAUGUGAGAUUAGCCCGUUAGCUAGUUAGUUAGCGUUGGCUAACCUAGCCCAUUUACUAGACUAUUUUUCACAUGUAAAAUAGAGUUCUGUGGACUGAGUGUGUUGGACUACAGCUUGGUGAUAUGGACAGUAGCUAGGUUAACUAUGUUGUGCACCCAGCAGUGAUUCAGUUACUCACAGCAGUGGCUAAUUAAAUAGGCAAGUUAGCUCCCCAGCUAAUAAACAGUUAGCAGUCCUCACCUAUAGAAGUUUUUAAUCUGUCUGGGGAAAGUAGGCAGUAUGGGUGAUGUGUGGUGCACUGACACCGGGGAGGCCGUCUACCGCUCUCGCGAUGCGGUUAAAAACUUUAAAAUAAGAGUCAGGAUCCAGCGAGUGACCUCAACAGCAGCCCUUUCACACCACCUGCAGCAGCAAGUGCUGAGCCAGCAGGAGCGAGGCAUCAUCGAGCUCGACACUUUUGUCUCUCAAACACGAUCAAGUGCAACUGGCGAUGAAGAGGAGCUAGUGGUUGGCUGGCAAGAGAAGUUCUUCAGUCAGUAUGAAGUGGAUUUGUACCAGACAGAGUCUUUAUGUCAGACUCCUCUGGAGAAGCAAUAUCAUGCAGAAAUUGUGGCAAUGGAAAAAUCGAGGAAAAGAAAGAAUCAACGCAUUUUCAGCUACACAGACUUUGAUCGCUUUACUAAUUGGGAGGAGCAGGCUCAGAGUCUGAUGAUUCCAGCCCAGAACAGUACCACCUUCCUAGCAGACCGCAUGGCAAACGUAAGACAUAGACGUCAAGAAAGACGUCCAAUAGACACAAACAUCCCCAAGACACGUUUAGUAGUAUGGGAGCCAUCCACUGAAUUUAUGAAGAACAGCCACAUUGUCAACACAUCAAUGCAGACCAUGCACAUCAUGGCAGACCUCGGCCCUGCUGGAAAACUGGGGUUAAAGGAGAAUGAAUACGUCUUGUGCACCAUAAGGGCAGACAGUAAUGGAGUAAUUACUGUGAAACCUGAUUUUAACAACAACAGAGGACCCUACAGGCUGGAGACAGAAGGUGAAAAAAGAGAGGUGUGGCGCCUCUAUCUGGAGAAUGCAUCGGCUCCCAUUCAUUCUGAAGAGAAGCAGCGAGAGCAGCGCAUGUACAGAGACCUCUACAGCCGCCAUAAAGAUUAUCUUAACAGCCUUGUUGGCCAGGACUUUGAAAUGCCUCCUCCAGGGAUUCUGCGUUUGAUGGUCAAUGGAGAGAUAGUUUCUGCACAGGGCUAUGAGUAUGACAACCUGUAUGUUAACUUCUUCCUGGAGUUGCCAAACAGUUGGUCUAGUGUUCCGUUUCAGAGCCUCUCUGGUGUGACCCAGACAUGCAGAACUUGUACACUGGGAAAGGACAAUGUGGCCUUUUUCUCCUACCCCUUCAGCUUUGAGAGCUUCUUCCGGAAAGAGGAUGAGUCAGAAGACUCACUUCCUAAGUGGCCAGUGCUGUACUUCAAAGUCCUUUCCUUGGAUUUCUGGCAGCGCUAUAGAACCGAGGGCUAUGGUUACCUGGUUGUACCAUCAUCACCUGGGUACCAUAGGGUCACAUGCCACACAUGGAGGCCCUUGCAGACGGGCACAGUGGCAGAACUAAGACGCUUCUUUAUUGGCGGAGCUCCUGAACUGGAAGAUAUCAGUGAUGUGAGAAUACCAGGGACCUUUAAGGGUGAUCAUCUCAGCCGGUUUGGAUUUCACACACAGACAACAGGAAGUGUCACUUUUAACCUUAACUGCAUUCAGCAUGCCAGGGCAUUUGUGGAUGCAAACACUUUGAAGAAGAAGCGGCAGACUGUUUUAGACCAACUGGGUGGCCACAGUCAGCAAGGAUCUGUCUAUAAUGUGCUAGAGGCAUUUCAGAGGGCUCGUAAACGAAUGCAAGAAGCCAGACAGAGUCUACCCAAAGAUCUAAUCAACACAACUGGCCCACUCGCUUCAGAGUCCUCAGCAUAGUCCAUGUGUGCUAAUAGCAGAGUGAUUUGUCCUGUAACAGUGUAUAUAGUAUUUUUUAUGUACGUUUGAUAUGUUAAUAUUGAUGGAUUAUAUAUGUUUUGUACUUCUGCUGUAUUAUGUCAUUUUAUAGUGAUGCUCUUUUUUAAGAAUAUUCAUUAAAACAUAAUAAACUCUGGAGAAAAGAAAA